AUGGACUUUCCUGCGCCCGUGUCGCGGGCACGGACCGUUCGGGCGGGCGCCUCGCCGGAAGACACGGCACCGAAAGAGGCAGCGUCCGUCUCUUUCCAUGCGCUGAUGGGCCAGCCCACUCCCGCGGAGACGGCUCUCGCUCCUAUCCCAUCUUCGAUAUACGAGCCUGAUCCUGCGCGUCCUUACCGCAUUAAUCCCCCGCCGACGGGUCGGCCCAUUCGUAUUUAUGCGGAUGGGGUCUAUGACCUCUUUCAUUAUGCUCAUGCACUCCAACUCCGGCAGGCCAAGCUCUCGUUCCCCUCUGUGCACCUGAUUGUCGGUGUGGUAUCUUCGGAUCUUUGCGCCGAGCACAAGAACCGUCCCCUUAUGCACUCGAAGGAGCGCUACGAGGCAGUGCGGAACUGCCGCUGGGUGGAUGAGGUUCUAGAGGAUGCUCCCUGGGUCAUUAACCAGGGCAUGAUCGACCAGCUCCAAAUCGAUUAUGUCGCCCACGACGAGCUUCCUUACGCCAUGGCCUCAUCGGGCGCCGCCAGCGACGAUGUGUACGAUUGGCUCAAGACCGCUGGCAAGUUCCUCCCUACGCGCCGCACCGAGGGUGUAAGCACGAGUGACCUAAUUGCGCGUAUGGUGAGCAUGUAUCGCCAAGGUGACCUGGACGGCAAGUUGACCAAGAUGGGCGAAACGGAGUUGGUGUCUUCUAGAUAA